AUGCCGAAGGAGGAUGCGGAAGCGUAUUCCAAUCCGUUGCCUCCUGCAGAUUACAACACAGAGGUAGGUGACGAUGCUCAUCCGUUGACGAACGAAGAUUUUCAACGCGAGGAGGAAGAAGAGCUCGAGAAGGCCUUGACGCAGAAGAAAGAGAAAGAAGAGGACCCAGAGGAUCAAAUUCUAUUCAAAACCAAGAUGGGGAGGAAUAUUUACCGCAUCAUCUUCAAAUCGAAGUACCCCGAGCGCAACGAAUUGUUUCUGCCUAGUCGUAUGGCCUACGUGGUGGAUUUAGAGGAUGAAUUUGCUGACUCUGAUGUUCCAACAACACUUAUCCGCAGCAAGGUUGACUGUCCAGUGCCCGAAUCUGACACGACAUUGACCACCAAUGAUAUUGUCAUUAAUAAGCUGACACAGAUUCUGUCCUACUUGCGACAGGGACGCCGUGAGAACAAAAAGCUGAAGAAGAAAGAGAAAAACAAGAUGAAAGACGAUGCUCGUCCAGGGAAUAAUGUAGGUGGUGGAAAUGGAGGCUCUGGAAGUGCAGGGGAUAAGAUGCUGUUACCUGGUCACGACGAAAGUAUUUAUGGUGAUCUUGGUGAGUACAAUCCAUCUGUGAUGUCUGGACAGUUUUCCAAGAGCAAAGACAAACGCGAUCGUAAAGACAGAGAUCGAAGUGAUCGCGAUAGGGAUCGGAGUGACAGGGACCGAGGAGACAGGGACAGAGGUGACCGAGAUCGUGGUGAUCGAGACAGAGAUUUAGACCAUCGGGAUCACGAUGGAAGCUACUACAGCCGAGAUAAAGACCGAAGUAGUUCAGGUGGUAUGGACCGCAGGGACAGAGACCGAAGCGACAGGGAUUAUGAUCGCGAGAGGAGCUCGAAGAAGACUUACUUUGAGAAACCUGCUGACGAGGAUGAAGACAAAGACAGGAUGCCAAACUCCACAAAGGAUUUGGUAAAAUCUAUCAACGAAUGUUUCAAGUCAUUUGCUGAAAUAGAAGAAGAGAAGGAAAAAGCAGCUUCCAAGAAGGAAGAGGAAAGACUGCGGAAGUUAAAGGCCAAAAUGGAAAUCGACAGCUAUGCAGAGUGUUACCCGGGUAUGAUGGAAUCUGCCGAUGCCAUCGAUGAUUCCGAUGACGAAGUGGAUUAUACGAAAAUGGAUCACGGCAACAAAAAGGGUCCCAUAGGGCGUUGGGAUUUCGACUCGCAAGAAGAGUACAGCGAGUAUAUGGCCAAUAAGGAGGCCAUGCCGAAAGCUGCUUUCCAAUAUGGUGUCAAGAUGGCCGACGGCAGGAAAACCCGUCGUACCGGUCCCAAAGAUGAGAAGGCUGAGCUUGACCGGCAGUGGCAGAAAAUCCAGCGCAUCAUUGAGAAACGUAAAACUACUGAUGACAACUACGAGUACAAACGGAUGAAGUAUUAAUUAGACUUACACACAAAUGAAGUAUUAAUUAUACUUACACACACACACACACACACAUGCUUACACUCACAUAUGUUCACACUCACAUAUGCUCACACUCACAUGUGCUCACACUCACAUGUGCUCACACUCACAUACAUUCAGAAAUAUGAAAGAUAAUAUGGUAUUGAUACAGUCUGAAUGAAAGGAUAAAAAACAAUAUAUGUGGAUAUUCUACAAUUUGUAUGAAUUGUGUAUAUAAUUAUGAAUUAGCAGGCCUUUCUCUAUCAGCUGAAGGUGGCAAGGAAAAUGAACGUGAAAAUAUGAAUGCAUUUACAGAGACACAAUAUAUUGAGGAAUGUGUAUUGAUAUAUGUACAUAUAUUUAUAUAUUACAUAUGUAAAUAUAUACCAAGUUGAAUUAUCAUCUCAAAUUGAUUUUUCUUGCAAAUUUUUUAUUCUAACUUUCAACACUUCACUCACGCUCACAAAAUGACCUUUUUGCUCAGUUUUUUUAUUUAUAUCAACAAUGUACGUUUUAGAUGUGGCAGUUUGAAAGCUUCAAAUGAAAAUGUUGGUAUUUCUCAUUUGAGAUUUGCCCCUUGUUACCUAUGAUAUUACUAAAGGUACACCUUACUGUAACUGACCUUGGUAAAAUGGAUGUUCUGUUCCCUAAGCAAAGUGGACUACACAAAGAUGAAAGAACCAUGUUCAUAAGGAAAUAUCUUUUAAGACUGUAUUCAUGUGUCUUUAACAAGCAAGAACAAUGCUUUACCAUAAUGUGGUGUCUUUACUCAGUUUGUAAAGAGUAUAACAUUUGCACAUAGCAACGUAUAAGAAUGCAUAUUCGCUUGUUUGUUGUGUAAUUUCAGGUGUCCAGAUGCAGAAAAACAGCUGGGGUACAUGGAACAAACAUCAUAUCAUUGUCAGUGUAUUUGGAAAAGAAAAGCUUUGGACGGAACUAGUUCCGAAGCCAGUUCUUGAAUUAUAUUAGUGUUUUGUUGGAAGGUUGCUCUUGUCUACGUGUGUGUACUUCCAUUCAUAUCUUCAAUAUUCCUCCACAGAAAAAGUUAUUUUGGAAUAUAAAUAAACGUCUGCCUUAUUUGAAGGUAGAAAAACGAAAGUUUAAUGGACUGGAAGUUACAUUUGAUCUUGAGUUAGAAUAAUUGUACAGAAUACAUUUUUAGGUGUAACAUUUUUCGUGUUCCUUUCUAAAAGACCCAGAAAUUUUUGUAAUACUUUUUCUUUUGUUGAACAAUUAUUGUCAUAAAUGUGAAGAAUUAUUUCCCAAUUCUUGGCUUGAUA